AGCCAAUCCCGAUAUCCACAUCCUCUUUCUCCAUUGGACCAGAACUGUCCCAACCAAAACCAGAAACACCUGCAGCAAGAGAACACCAACACCAAACAAAAAUAUAAUCAAAUUACACACCAGAAAUACGAAAAAAGAGAGGAGACAAAUAUUACUAGACCACCUCGUGCGCGCACUCCUCCACUGUUCUUGGGAAUCUCGAGCGGAGGAAAGCGGUGGGUCGUCUCGAUCUGAAGUCUGAACUGCCCGCGGUUCUUGGCUUCAUGGUUUCUUGACGUCCUCUUGAUCCAAGAACUCGGGGGGUUUCUUGGACAGGUGGUUUCUGGAUUGGCCGUCCAUGUCGGUCUCGUCAUCGUCCAUGUGCGGUGGGGACGCCGGGAUGAGGAGCGUUGUGUGGUUCCGGAGGGACCUCAGGGUGGAGGACAACCCGGCGCUGGCGGCGGCGGCGCGCGCCGGUGGGGAGGUGGUGCCGGCGUACGUGUGGUCGCCGGAGGAGGACGGCCCGUACUACCCGGGGCGCGUGUCCCGGUGGUGGAUCAGCCAGAGCCUGAAGCACCUGGACGCCUCUCUCCGCCGGCUCGGAGCAGGCAAGCUCGUCACCCGGAAGUCGGCCGACGCUGUCGUCGCGCUGCUCCAGCUCGUCCGCGACACCGGCGCCACGCACCUCUACUUCAACCAUCUAUAUGAUCCGAUCUCACUGGUCAGGGACCACCGGCUGAAGGAGAUGCUAACGGCGGAGGGCAUCAUCGUGCAAUCUUUCAAUGCAGACCUGCUGUACGACCCGUGGGAAGUCGUCGACGAGGAAGGCCAACCAUUCAUCAUGUUCGCGCCGUUCUGGAACAGGUGCCUCAGCAUGCUGUAUGAUCCGCCCGCGCCACUUCUGCCCCCGAAGAAGAUCAAUUCAGGUGACUUAUCAAUGUGCCCAUCAGACGACCUUAUCUUUGAGGAUGAAUCGGAGAGGGGAAGCAAUGCUCUUCUGGCACGAGCAUGGUCACCCGGGUGGCAGAACGCAGAUAAGGCGCUGUCGGCUUUCCUGAACGGUCCUUUAGCAGACUAUUCCGUGAACCGCAUGAAGGCAGAUAGUGCAAGCACAUCCCUCCUUUCACCUCACCUGCAUUUCGGUGAGCUUAGUGUGCGCAAGGUCUUCCACCUAGUUCGAAUGAAGCAGCUUGUGUGGAGCAACGAGGGCAACCAUGCUGCCGAGGAGAGCUGCACCCUGUUCCUCCGUUCCAUUGGCCUGCGGGAGUACUCACGGUAUCUGAGCUUCAACCAUCCGUUCAGCCACGAGAGGCCUCUCCUGACGCACCUCAGGUUUUUCCCCUGGGUGAUCAAUGAGUGCUACUUCAAGAUUUGGCGCCAGGGAAGGACUGGGUAUCCUCUUGUCGAUGCCGGCAUGAGGGAGCUGUGGGCGACAGGGUGGUUGCAUGACAGGAUACGCGUGGUGGUGUCAAGCUUCUUUGUCAAGGUCCUUCAACUACCAUGGCGAUGGGGUAUGAAGUAUUUUUGGGACACUUUACUAGAUGCUGAUCUCGAGAGCGAUGCACUGGGCUGGCAGUACAUCACUGGCUCUCUUCCUGAUGGCCGAGAGCUUGACCGUAUUGACAACCCUCAGCUUGAAGGCUACAAGUUCGACCCACAUGGGGAGUACGUCCGACGGUGGAUUCCUGAGCUCGCAAGGCUUCCUACGGAAUGGAUACACCACCCAUGGGAUGCACCUGUGUCCGUGCUGCAAGCAGCAGGUAUUGAGUUGGGCUCCAACUACCCUCUCCCCAUAGUUGAGCUAGACGCAGCCAAAGACAGGCUUCAAGAAGCCCUGUCAGAAAUGUGGCAGCUGGAGGCAGCAUCAAGGGCCACACUGAACAAUGGAAUGGAGGAAGGCCUUGGCGACUCAGAGGUCCCACCGAUUGAGUUCCCUCAAGAACUACAGAUGGAAGUCGAUCGGCAGCCAGCCCAGGCAACAGCCAAUGUGCUGGUGACUGCUCGGAGACGCGAGGAUCAGAUGGUACCUACCAUGACAACUUCUCUGAAUAGAGCUGAAACGGAGGUUUCUGCCGGUGAGGACAGUGUGGCUAGAAUCAAUGGCGUUCACCGGCACAACAUCAUUCAGCAACCUCAGCACCGUAGGCGAGACAUUCUUGCGCCAUCUGUUUCAGAGGCUUCGAGUAGCUGGACAGGGAGAGAAGGUGGUGUGGUCCCAGUUUGGUCGCCUCCUGCAGCAUCAGGCCAUUCAGAAACUUCUGCUGCCGAUGAAGCUGACAUUGCUAGUAGGAGUUAUUUGGAUAGGCAUCCACAGUCGCACCAGUUGAUGAACUGGAGUCAGCUAUCACAGUCAUUGUGAGUUCGGAUGCACGGUACCCUCAGACAACAUGCUGGGAGGUGGAAAAUUCCGUGCAGCCAAACUUAACUGGUUAGGGUCUCCUCGAUGAUGGAAUUUCUAUGUUAAUUGUGCAAUCAGUUACUCAUCUAUAGCAAGGCAGCUCCCUGAAUACGAUAAGUAGUUGUGUAAAUCUAAUCCUCUAUAACUUGUGUGAUAUAGCUUUGUUGGAGUUGUUGGGAAAAAAAAGAAGAUCCGUAUUAUUGAUCAGACAAUGAAGUUAUUAUCCCCUUGUUUUGUGUUUGUAUUUCUUUGGAGGAGUGCUAUGUAUAACUGUACAUUCCCUUGUGUUUCUCUGUUGACAUCAGCAAUCUUUGCGUAA